CUCCUCCAUCUUUUCCCCUUCUCUGUUAUUCCCCUCGCCUCAUCUCCUUCCCCUCUAGCUCUCAUUGCUACCGCACUAGGUUUCCCAAUUCUUGGAAUAAGAAAAAGGUAAAUAAUGGAGAGUAAUCACAGGAUAGCAAGAGGAAUAGCAAGGUAUGGAGAAUAGAAAGAAGAAGAGCACAAAAAAAAGAGAAUAGUAGUGUAAGAGACUGACAAAGAGAAAUAGGGAUAUAGGGAUAGAGAGAAAAAGAGAAAGGAGCGAAGACAUUUUUCAAGACGGAAUAAAGAAGGAAGAGGGGGUGGGAUAUAAAGCAUUAGCAUUAUCAUGUGUGAUCUGGUGGCCCGCACGGGUCGACAUCAGCAGCGAUACGAGGACGGUUGUCGCCUUGUUGCCGGAUGUAUACCAUUUAGAUAUAGAGGUUUUGAUGAGACUUGUGAUGACAAAGUGAAGGCUGUUGAAGUUCUCAUGAUAAACUCACAAAGUGGACCAGGCCUUUUGUUUCCUAAGGGAGGGUGGGAAAAUGAUGAAACUGUUCGAGAAGCAGCUGUACGAGAAGCUAUUGAAGAAGCAGGAGUGCGGGGAGAUGUAAUGGGAUUCUUAGGAUGCUACCAUUUCAAAAGCAAAAGCCAUCAAGAUGAGUUUAGCCCGGAAGGCUUAUGCAAAGCUGCAAUGUUUGCUAUGCAUGUGAAGGAGGAGCUCAAUUCUUGGCCAGAGCAGAGCACCCGCCAACGGAGCUGGCUGACAGUUCCCGAAGCCAUGGAGCAAUGUCGGCAUCCGUGGAUGCGAGAUGCUUUACUCAAGGGCUUCUCCCGGUGGCAUGCUGGAAUAAGUAUUGAAGGGAACGAGAAUGAUCUCACUAACCCCACUGAAUCAACACCCACUAGAUGACCAAGUUCUCAAAAUACAUUAACCAUUGUCCUUCUUUCUUUCGUAUAAUAGAAAAACAACAAUGGUAACCUUUCUAUGAUGUUUAGUCUUUUUUUCUCUACUAGAACAUCUAGGUAGUUCAUAUUAGUUUAUGGGACAUUUUACAUAUCCGCAUGUAGUAACUCUCUCUCUUUCUAUGUUUCAAGGAAAGAAUGUGCACAACUUUUUGUACCAGUCUCAAAAUGUUCAUACUCUUGGAUGCCCUUUUCCUCUCAUGGUGUAAGUACUGGUCUUUUUACUUUUAACUUUAACCUA